AUGGAUAUUAGUAAUAGAUGCACAGAUGUAAAUGAAUUAUUAUCAGCAUUACCAGAGUAUCACAGAAGGUUUCAACUUAAUCCAGAAGAUUCAGAUAAUUUUAUAAAAUAUGUUAAUACAUUAAUUUAUUUAAGAAAGAAAUCAAUUGGAUCAGAUUCAUCAUCCUCCUCUUCAUACUUGGCAAUAUCUCCACCAAUUCCUCCUUCACCACCACAUUCAACUGGGAAAAUUAAAAAAUUGGAAGAUGUUUUUAUAUAUAUAGAUGUCUUAAAAAAAUCACCUAAUGUUGCUUCUGAUUUUUUUGAAAUAUCUUUUCAUAAUCCAAUGUUAUUCCCUACAGCACAUAGAGUGGAUCAUUAUAAUCCUGUUACUGUACCAAGAUUUAACCAAGCAGUUUAUUAUGCACCAAAUGCCAAUGGGUCAACUUUAUAUGGAAAUGUCAAUAAUAACAACAAUAUACCUACCACCACUAUUACCGCUACUACCACUUCUACCACUUCUACUACCACUACUACCACUACAAACACCACUAUAAAUACAGCAAUUAAUAGCUAUGGUAAUAAUAAUAAUAAUAGUAAUGAUAAUAAUAAAAGUAAUUAUGGUAAUAACAAUAAUAAUAGUAAUCUAUCAACAAAUAGAGAUAGAUCUCAAAGUGCACCUGUUACAAUAGGGUCGUCAUCAUUACUAUCAGUAGCAUUGUCAUCAACAACAUCAGUUACAAAUUCAGUAAAUAUUAAAACUACAGGGGAUAAUAAGGUUGAAGUUAAUGGAUUAGGUUCUUCCCAACUCUCAAUUUUACCAAAUUUAUCAAAUUUUCAAAUUGGUACAUCACCACCAUUAUCGUCACAGUUUUUACCAACUCAUUCAAUAAAUAUAAAAAAUAUCAAUAUUAAUAAUAAUAAUAAUAGUUUUGUAAAUAGUAUAAACAAUAAAAAUAAUGGUAAUAGUACAUCAUCGCUUUAUGUUGAUGAUAAUUAUAAUCCAGAUGAAUAUUUGGAUGAUAACAAUGAAAAUGAAGAUGAUAAUAGUAAUAACAACAAUAGCAAUAAUAAAAAUAAUUUAAUAAAUAUUAAGGUCAAUCAUUUCAGUGAUAGUUGUGGUGAUUUACAUUUUGAAAAAUUAUCAACAAGCGAUUUAGAAGCAAUAAGAGCAAAAUAUGCAAACAGUACACUAACCGAAACCAUGAAUAUAGCAAGCAAAGAGCCAAAAGUUAGAAACUGGUCAUUAGAGUUUUGGAAUGCUCUUCAAAUGGAUCAUAAUUGCGGUACUGAAAGUUUAAAAAGAAGUCAAAAAAUCCAGUCAAUUGCUAAAGAGUUUGUUGAGGUUGCAACUAAACAUGGUGUUACAAUUAUUCAAGAAAAACAAUUAUCCAAAGGGUGGACUAUCCCACCUCAUGAUGCAGGCGGUAUUGCUGGUGGAUUAAAGUAUUUAAAAGAUGGAAUUUUCUUUAAAUUUGCUGUGGAUGCAUUUGGUAUUUAUGGUGGUGAUGCUUUUGCAAUGAAGUCAGCAGGCCAUGAAUUAAAAGGUUUAAUGGCAUAUUUUAAUUGUCAAAUCGAUGGUUUAUUUUUACCAAUGAUGACAUUGAUCGAUUAUAUGGGUUAUAGAUUAAUUGCAACAAGUCAAUUAAAUAUUGAAGCAGAUAAAACAUUGGUUUAUGGCUCUAACGAUGGUGGUGAAACAGUUCGUAAUAAUAGUUUGGAAAUGGAAGAUAAAAUGAAGAAAGCAGCAGAGAUUUUAAAUUUAAAAGGGCAUUUAACAGGACAAAGCGAAAAUAAAACCUUUUUAUAUGGACCAUGUGAUAUUGAAGGUCAUAUUACAAAAGAUAAACAUUUUGUGGUAAUAGAUACAGCACGUGUUUUCCCGCCUGAAAAACCAAUUGAGGGCAAGAGAGGAUCUCAUCUCUAUACUCUUCUAAGACCAGAGCUUGUACGUAGUAGCAAGGUGCCAUUAAGUAGUGAUGCUUUUACUAAAUUUGGGGGAUCAGAUUCAGAUGUCAACAAUGAGGAGGUCGAAAGAUCACAAAAGCGUUUAUUAAAUCAUGUCAUACCAAGUUUUGUGCUUUUAAUGAACCAACGUACAAAGAAAACAAAGUGUAAAAAUAUAAUGGAGCUAUCGCAUAAUCUCAUGUUAAUCGACAGUAUGCACAGAGAAGGAAUCAAUGUAAGAUAUUUGCAACGUUUAAAGAAGACUGAUAUUCAUGCCCUCGAUCAGCGUUUAUCAACAAUUAUCAAUACUGAAAUUAUUGCUAGAAAAAUAAAGAAUCGUCUUAGAUCCCAUUUUAGAAGCACACCAUUAAUUGAUGGCCAACCAGACCUUGAUAGUAUUUGCAAAUUUUUAAAUAGAAUGAUAACAAUCUCUCUACUUCAAAGUUGUGACUUGGAUGGUUUUUCGUUAGAGUUGCUAUUACAUAGAAUUUCACAAAUGACCGGUAUAUCUUUUAAGAAAGAUGAUACCUAUAAAAAGUUUGAACAUAGCGAAUCUCUUAAAGUAUCAGAUAUCGAUGAAAUUAAACCAAAGGUUAAAUUCUUGCACAUGGUUCCCUAUCAGCAAGGUGUCGCUUUAUUCCAUCAAGCAAUUUCACUCUCUAAAACAAACGAUAUUCAAACCGAUAAUACUUUUCAUUUGGCUUCAGAAAAGUUUAAAUUGGCAAUCCAAUCCAAACCUGAUGACUAUGAAAUUUUAACUCAUUGGGGUAUUUUAUUGUCAAUGCGUGCAAAGUUUUUAUCAGAGACCAAAGACUACAUAAAGGUUCAUGGUAAAGCAGAAAUAGAGAAACUCUACCAAAUUGCUAUCGAUAAGUUCCAUCUAGCUGUAAAAAUUAAAAGAAAUCACCAUUAUGCAUUGUACAAUUGGGCUGAUGCUCUUAGAAACUGGGCCUCAAUAAAAAGUGGUUCAGAUUCGACAGAGUUAGAAAAAAAAGCAAAAAUGAAAUUAAAAGAAGCUGGUGUUUUCGAAAAGAAAUGGUUCUUUGGCACUUUAGAAACUGGUGGUGCUGCUUCGUUGCUCUCUGGUAAAGAGGCUGGUAGUUUCAUCAUUAGAAAUAGUAAUAGUAGACCUGGUAGUUUUGUAUUUUCCUAUCUAUCUGACCCACACAGAAAAAUUCUACAUUCGAUCAUUAAAUCCUCAUCCAAUGGUUAUCAUGUAGAAAAUUUACCACCAAGAAAAAUAUCAUCCAGCACAACUUCAUCCCCCGCAAGAAGUGGUAGCUCACAAAACUUAACAGAGUUGGCUUCGUUAUCAUUGUCUUCUUCAACUACAUCUUUAUCAUCAUCGACAUCAUCAACAUCAUCAACAUCAUCAUCAUCAUCAAUCCCAAGAGUAGGUAGUUCAAAUAAUUUAAACAAAAAUCAAGAAAUUGUUUUUAAUGAAGCAAGCACAACAACUCCAACUUCAAGAAAUUUAAAUUCACUAAGCCAAACAUCGUCAAAUAAAACACUAUCAUAUAAAACUUUAGAGGAAUUUGUAAUCGAAAAAAUUAAACAAGGUUAUAUUCCAAUUACAAAAGAUUGGUGGGAAUAG